UCCGUACUUGGGGAUCUGUCUGUCUAUCUGCAAAAUUAACCAACAGAGAGAUUAUUUGAAGACGAAACAUCAUCAUCCAAUCCAUCAAAGCUUGAGACAUCCAUGUCGAGAGAGAGGACCAGACGUGAGUUACCUCCCGUUCAAGAGCAUAUUGAUAAAUUGCGGAAAGUGGUAGAGGAAGGCAAUGGCUAUGGAGCGUUGCAGAUGUAUAAAUCUAUUAGUGCAAGAUAUGUUACGGCUCAGAGAUUCUCUGAAGCUCUUGAUAUCCUCUUUUCAGGGGCUUGUAUUGAACUAGAACAUGGCCUGGUGAAUUGUGGAGCGGACCUCGCUAUUUUGUUUGUAGACACACUAGUUAAAGCCAAGUCUCCUUGCAACGACGAAACUCUUGAUCGUAUCAGGGGCAUGUACAAAUUGUUUCCUCGGGUUCCCGUACCACCUCAUUUGGUAGACGUGAGCGACGAUGAAGAUGUCCAAAAUCUUCAAGAAUCUCUUGGGGAAGCCAGAUCACGUGUUGACAACUUGACUUCCUUCUUGAGAGCUGCUAUAAAAUGGUCUGCGGAAUUUGGAGGCCCAAGUACUGGCUAUCCUGAGUUGCAUGCUAUGCUGGGUGAUUAUCUCUACACUGAGUGUCCUGAACUUGACAUGGUCCGGAUAUCCCGACAUUUUGUUAGAGCUGAGGACCCCGAGAAGUUUGCGUCUAUGCUGAUCAGCUUUAUGGGAAGGUGUUAUCCCGGAGAAGAUGACCUCGCCAUUGCACGAGCAGUUCUCAUGUACUUAUCUAUGGGUAACAUGAAAGAUGCAAACUUUAUGAUGGAUGAGAUUAAGAGACAAGCAGAGACAAAAAAUCCCGAGCUUUUAGAAUCAGACCUUAUCCAAUUUAUCUCAUAUCUUCUGGAAACGUUGCAGAGGGAUGCAUUGCCUCUUUUCAAUAUGUUAAGAGUUAAAUAUAAGUCAAGCAUAGAUAGAGACCAGCUGCUUAAUGAGUUGCUGGACGAGAUUGCAGAGAGGUUUUACGGAGUGCAGCGUAAGAAUCCUCUGCAAGGGAUGUUUGGAGACAUCUUCAAGAUGAUGGGCUGAGGAAGGUGAUAGAAGAGGCAAGAAUACUCGUUUUAAAAAAAAAAA